CUGCCUGAGUGACAGAGUGAGGCUCUGUCUCUUUAAAGAAAAAAACAAAAAAGAAAACAAAACAAAAUCAAAAUGAAAUUGGCAAGACUCUACAUCUUUGCCUUACUACGUUAUGAGGAAAACAAUUUGUUCCUUUAUCAUGAGUUAAAACUACUAUAGGCUUUUUGUGGAUACUCUUUAUCAAACUGAGGAAGUUUCCACAUAUUCCUAGUUUGUUCAGAGUUAAAUAUACACUAAAUUUUGCCAAAUGCUUUUUCUGCACCAGUUGAAAUAGUCAUAUAAUUUUAUCCUUUAUUCUGCUAAUAUGGAAAAUUACACUGACUAACUUUUGUAUGUUAAACCUUCUUGGCAUUCCUGGAAUAAUUUACUUGUUAUAUAUUUCUGAAUUUAGCCAAAUUUUGUGAAAGGUGCUAGUCUGUUAUUUUCUUUGUCUGGUUUUGAUAUCAUCGAAUGCUGGCCUCAUGAAAAACAUAUCUGGGACACGUUUCCUCCUCACUUGUUUUCUGAAUAAAUUUUGUACACUGUUAAUAUUAUUUCUUCCUCAAUCUGUAACAUUUGAGUGAUGCCACCUGAUCAGGGUGAUAUGGUUUGAAUAUUUCUCCCCUUCAAAUCUCAUGUUGAGGCCGUCUCAGAACCAUCCCAGCAACCCGACCAUAGCUGGUCUUCCCUGGACACCAUGAACCACACUGUCCAAACCUUCUUCACUCCCUCCAACACUGACCAUCCCCCCAGCUAUGAGAUGCUGAGGGAGGAGCAUGAGGUGGCUGCACUAGGGGUGCCCCAUAACCUGGCUUCUCCAACAUCCACUGUGAUCCACAUCCUCAGUGAGACCUCCAUGCUCGACCAUGUGGUCUGGUCCCUGUUCAACACCCUCUUCAUGAACUCCUGCUGCCUGGGCUUCACAGUGUUCGCCUACUCCGUGAAGUCUAGGGACAGGAAGAUAGUUGGCGGCCUGACUGGGGCCCAGGCCUAUGCCUCCACUGCCAAGUAUCUGAACGUCUGGGCCCUGAUUUUGGGCAUCAUCAUGAGCCUUCUGCUGAUCAUCAUCCCAGUACUGAUCUUGCAAGUCUAUCAAUAGAUGAGAGGAAUCAUCCAAGCGGGGCUCUGCCCGUGACCUGUUUCCCAUGUACUCCACCUUCCAUUCCUCACCCUGCCCCCGAGCCGAGUCCUGCAUCAGCCCUUUAUCCUCACACACUCUUCUAAGAUGGUGUUCAAUAAAGCGUACAUGUUCCUGGAAAAUAAAAUCUCAUGUUGAAAUGCGAUGACGCCCAGUGUUGGAGGUCGGGGCCUGGCGAGAGGUAUUUGGGUCGUGAAGGCGGAUGCUGCAUGAAUGGCCUGGUGCCCUCCCCAUGGUAAUGGGUGAGUUUCUAGCUCUAUUAGUUCCCACAAGAACUGGUUGUUUAAAAAAGAACAUGGCACUUCCUUUUACUCUGCCUCCCUCUUUCUCCAUGUGGCACACCUGCUCCUGACUAUAAGCUUCAUGAGGCCUCACCAGAAGUGGAUGCUGGCACCGUCCUUCUUAUACCGCCUGUACCCUGAGCCCAAACAUCUUUUCUCUGUAAAUUUACCAACCUCAGGCAUUCCUUUACAGCAAUACAAAACUGACUAACACACAUGGAAUUUGGGGGAAUUACAAAUUCAGUUUCUUUAACACUGUUAGGACCACGCAGAUUCUAUUUUAUUCUGGUGCAGAUUUGGUAAUUUUUAUCUUUAAAUAAAUUUGUACAUUUCCUCUAGGUUAUUGAAUCUAUUGGCAUAAAGUUGCUAACAGUAGCCCCUUAUUCUUUUAAUGUUUGCAGUAUCUGUGAUUGAGGGACUGUAUUAAAGGAAAAAAACUUGUCUUCCCAGGUCCACAAGGGGUGUGGUUUCAAAGGCAAAAACUCCCCCCAUGCCUCCAUCCACCUCCCAAUCCGGGAGCCUAGAGUUCUUUGUCUAACUUUCCCGCAGCUAAGUAAAAUUUCAGGUGUGCUCCUUCGUUUAAAAAAGCACUCGAAAAGCUCUGGAAAGGCCACAGUUCUGGGCGGGACAGCCAAUCCGGCAUCAGAGUCGAAAAUAAAACAGUCCAGAGGAAGUUUGAAAGAACUCCUCUCAUUGGACAAGAACAUGAAUGGGGUGGGAAUAACUUCAAAGUUAAAACUCCUCUGCACCUUACCUGCACGGAUUUCCCUCUCUGAGAUCCCCUCCCACAGCAGCACGGGAGCGCUCUCUACCCAUCUCUGCCUAAUAAAUCGCUUUCUGCUAAACUCUUUGGGUAUGAUAUUUACUUAAAUGGUAAGCUCACUGGGCUGCCAGGGCUCUUUCUCCCAUUCUUUUUUUGUUGUUUUUGAGACGGAGUCUUGCUCUGUCGCCAUGCUGGAGUGCAGUGGCGCAAUCUCG